AUGGCGACCGCAACCGAGGCGCCUGUUGCAACACAGCAGGCUUAUGAGAAGCUGUGCGGGAAACUGCGGGAGCUUAAUGCUCUCGAGGGCAUCAGCGGACUGCUCGGCUGGGAUGAGAUGGUGAUGAUGCCGCCCGGCGCGGCCGAGUCGCGCGGCGCGCAGAAGUCGGCGCUGGCGGGCGUGAUCUACGACAAGAAGACGGACAAGGAGGUCGGGGCGCUGCUGGAGGAACUGAAGAAGCAGGUGGGCCCGCCUCAGAUCUCGACAUCCUGUUAG